GCUCCGGCUGGACCUCCUGGGGGCUCCUUGGCAGGAGGGGAGACGACAGGGGUUGCAGGCGGAGCAAUGCUCAGUUCCACCGUGCUGGGCGCUGUGGUAGCCGCGCUGGUGGCUUCAAUGCUACUGUUGCAGCGUGGGGACGAGGGGUCCGGGGCUGCCCCCAGCAUGGCGGACAAGGAAACACUGCUGAAGCUUCGGGAAGACUUCAAGAUGCAGAAUAAAUCCGUCUUUAUUUUGGGCGCCAGCGGGGAAACCGGCAAAGUACUUUUAAAAGAAAUCCUGGGACAGAACCUGUUUUCCAAAGUAACGCUCAUUGGUCGGAGGAAGCUCACAUUUGAGGAGGAAGCUUAUAAAAAUGUGAAUCAAGAGGUGGUGGAUUUCGAAAAGCUGGAUGAGUACGCCCCUGCCUUUCAAGGUCACGAUGUUGGAUUCUGCUGCCUGGGUACCACCAGGAGAAAAGCCGGAGCGGAUGGAUUUGUCCGUGUCGACCGAGAUUAUGUGCUGAAGUCUGCAGAGCUGGCGAAAGCAGGAGGGUGCAAACAUUUCAACUUGCUGUCCUCCAGGGGGGCCGAUAAGUCCAGCAGUUUCUUAUACUUACAAGUAAAGGGAGAAGUGGAAGCCAAGGUUGAAGAAUUAAAGUUUGAUCGAUUGUCAGUGUUCCGGCCAGGAGUCCUGCUGUGUGACAGGCAAGAGUCUCGUCCAGGCGAAUGGCUGGCUAGGAAAUUCUUCGGCUCUCUGCCAGACUCUUGGGCCAGCGGGUACGCUGUGCCUGUGGUGACGGUGGUUAGAGCGAUGCUGAACAACCUGGUGAGUCCCGGCAGUGGACAAAUGGAACUUCUGGAAAAUAAGGCCAUCCUCCACCUGGGGAAAGACAGUGAUGGACCCAAACCGUGACCAUGCCGGAGGACGUUCGUGAAAACCUCAGUGCCUGUCACCAAAUCAGUUAUUUUGGGGUCUAUAAAAAGACUCUUUGUGGUCCUUGGUGGUAUCCCUCUCCUCAGACAUGCAGCUCCAUCAGGAAAUGGCAGUGCCCCACAUCAGUUAUUGAGAGUCCCGUUGUUCAUGUAAGUCACCCAGGAAGCUUCUGGGGAACAGGUUUAUAUCACAUGCCUAUACUUUGUAGAUUGCAAACAGGAAUCUCCGGAGGUGCGGUGCCUCUGGUUCUCUGGUUGUAAGACCAACUUUGAAGCACUCCUACAGAGCCAUCUGAGCAGAGGGGCCCUGGCACUCCAGGCAGGUGAGCGAUGCUCAAGCUUGUUACCAGUCUGGUCUCCUAGUGGCACGGUGCUGAUGGUGCAUGUGGCUGAGUGAACACUGUGCCUCGACUCUGUGUCAACACAGAGGCCGUUAAACAAGCUUCUGUAGUUCACUGAGGAAUAAAAAUAAAUGGAGAAACCCUG